AUGUCGAUGCUCUUUGGGUUUGGACAAUCGGCAGAAAUACAAAUCAAGUUGAGUGAUCAGGAAAAUCGAAAAGUAAGUGGUUUUUGAUAAGCUUUGAACGUUUUCAAUACUGGUUUUUGUCUUGGUUUAGACAGUGAAAUCGCGUGGUGAAGACGGAAGUGUUUUUGAUCAUUUUUUGUUUUAUGACGGUGAAACAAUCAGUGGAAAUGUGCAUGUGAAUUUGAAAAAAGCCGGACAGAAAUUUGAGCAUCAAGGAAUUCGAAUUGAAUUCAUCGGACAGAUUGGUGAGUUUUCAAGAGAAUUAUGAAAAUAAAAUUAUCGGGAAAAAUAAACUAUUUCCCGACAAAAAUAUCUAAACCGCCCGUUUUUAUUUUUUUUAUGAAAAAAAACCGAAACUGAUAAACAUGUAGGAAAUAUUCUGAAUUUUCACAAUAACCAAUAAAACUGUAAUAAUAUUUUACGUGAACGGAAUGACGCGAAAAAUUUUUUUUGACUCGACACAUUUUUGUUAUUUUUUUAAUUUUUGAAAAACACCUGGAAGUUAUCUAAAUAUCGAUUUGGUUUUUGAACUCUGAAAAUUCUAUAUAAGCGUGUGAACACAAGAUUUUGCUGAAAAAUAUAAAGUCUGUGAUGAUAUUUUUUCAGAAGUCUAUUAUGACCGAGGAAAUCAACAAGAAUUCAUUCUUCUUUCACGCGAACUUGCUCGCGCUGGUGAUCUCACACAAAACACAGCAUUUCCAUUCGAAUUCAAUUCUGUUGAAAAACCAUAUGAAACAUAUAUUGGGACAAAUGUCAAGUUACGUUAUUUUUUGCGAGUUACCAUAAUUCGAAGAUUGACUGAUUUGACAAAAGAAAUGGAUUUGGUUGUUCAUGCAUUGAGCAGUUAUCCAGAUAAUGAUAGUAGUAUUAAAAUGGAAGUUGGAAUUGAAGAUUGUUUACAUAUCGAAUUUGAAUAUAAUAAGAAUAAGUUAGUUGUUUGAGAUGGAAUUUUUACAAAUUCUAAUUUAUUUUCAGGUAUCAUCUUCAUGACGUAAUUGUUGGAAAAAUAUAUUUCCUUCUUGUUCGCAUCAAAAUCAAAUAUAUGGAAAUUGCAAUUUUGAAACAAGAAAUUGUUGGUUCUGGUGUUAAUACAUUCAAAGAAUCUGACACAGUAGCGAAAUUUGAAAUAAUGGAUGGAGCUCCGGUUCGAGGAGAAUCAAUUCCAAUUCGAUUAUUUUUGGCUGGAUAUGAUUUGGCUCCUUCGAUGAGAGAUGUUGGAAAGAAGUUUAGUGUAAAAUAUUAUUUGAAUUUGGUAUUGAUUGAUGAAGAAGAUCGACGAUAUUUUAAACAACAAGAAGUAACACUUUGGAGAAAAGCUGAUAAAGCGAUUAGAAGAGUUGGAAAUGGUGAAGAAAAUGGUGGAGAAAAUGAUGGAGAAGAACAACAGAUUUCGGGAACACAGAAAUUUGAGAAAAAUGGUGAGAUAUUUAGGAUAUGAGAUUCAUUUUUUGCAGUUAAAUAGACAAUUGUUUCGGUUUUUUCUCAAAGCUUGGUACCAAAAAUAGUUUAAUAUGAAAAGAACCAGUAAAAAUUAUUGUGAACAUAUGAAAGUUCAAAGUUUCGAUCCAAAAAACUGUUUGUUUUUCAGAGCCAACAAUUCAAGCGAUUCCUGAAUCACCAAACAACACUAAAAAUGGAUCAUCAAGCGAAAAUUCAGACUCUGAAUCAUAA